CAAUCCAGUCGCGCGUCGACCGCCGUUCAGGCAACACGUCUAAAAACUCCCGCUACUCCAGCAUCCGCCCCGACGUUGUGCAGUGCCCGAGUGAGAACGCAUACUGUGAUUUGUUUUGAGUGUGACGUCACUUAGUGCUUGUGAACGUAACAUAAUUGUGUUUAGUGCACUAUGCUGUUGUUAUCAACGUUAUGAAUGGUCUGGACCGGUGCUUCUUCGAUCAACGUGAGUCACAAUCACAACACCAUGGGGAUGACUGCAGUUAUAGUUAUAUAAGCCUGGGCCGGCUGCACCCGUACGGCUCGGGCAGCGGCAGCGGUUCUAGCAACGGCAGCGGCCGCCGGCGCACGCGCAGCCGCGGCUUGUCUGACUCGCCAACCGCCCCCACCACCCCCACCUCAGCUUCGGACAACGCCUCCGACGCAACUCUCACGGACUCCGAGUUGCCACUCGCGAGGGAUUCUACGCUGCUCGUUCAAAACGGCAUGCUGAGAUCCACUUACGACCGGCCAGAUCACGAACGUUGUCUUCUAGAAGGUUCGCGGCUCCCGCCCGAUGUGCCUCCCCGGAACCCGACCAUGUCUCGACUGAACGGCCGCAUCACCGGCAACCCUGCCGACCUGGCCGACUUCGAGCCUUCGUGUCUCGUUCGGACGCCGUCGGGAAACUUCUACGUGCCUUCAGGGGACAUCCAAAAGAAUCCGUCUAUGGAUUACAAAUCGAACUCCUCUUGCAGUAGUCCAGGAAAACAGGACAAGAGCACCCUAGAGAGGAUGGACAGGAGCGACCGGUCGCACCCGGCCUUCGGGGCGCCUGUCCCCGUCCUCCCCGUGAGGAACAACCUCCGCGCCACUCACUUCCCCCCCGCAGCCUCCCGGUUCCACUUCAGGAAAGGCCUCUCGUCUAGAUGCUCGUGGAAGUGUACAGCCAUAGUGUUCAUAAUUCUCUUUGUUCUUCUAUUAGCCAUUGCCUCUUAUACGUCAGCUUCAUAUUUCGUCAACUGGUCAUACCAAAAUUCUAAAGCAUGUAAAGUACUAGUUGGUGAAUCAACUGAGUCGUUCGCUGCAUCAAAGGCGACGACACUGGACUCAAGCAACAAGUCUCUAGUGAGACCACACCAGAGCUCGCCUUCCACCGGCUCAGGUAAAGAAGAGUCUCAUUCACGCCCACGUAGGAGUGUAGAUGGGCAUGCUUCUUCUAUUUCUUCUUCGGAUUCUUCCACUGCUGUAGAUAUGCAUGAACUAAUCACGCCUUCUGUGAGCACUGUUAGUUUAGUGCAUGGUGUGGCAGAAACGACGGGGACAACUAUACAACAAGAAGAUACAACGGCCACUACAGCUUUCGGGUCUAAUGAUGUAAAUAACACAACUGUUGGUAAUGUAACUAAUACUGGUGAUUUAACAAAGGGCGAUAGCGAGCUUACAAUGGUUUCAUCUAACAAUAAAGAAUCACCAACUACAAUAACCACAAAAUUGGUAAAUACAAGUGAAAAAAGUGUUGUAACUAAUGAUAUAGCGGCUGCUGCUACCACUCCAUUUGAUUCUGUCAAUACAGAUCAAAGUAAUAUACGAGUGGAACAGCCAGUAGAUAUCACAAAUUUAGAUAAAGGAACAGAUCUUCCUACUCCUGAAGCUAUAAAGAAUGAUAUUGCAUAUGAUCCUCAGUCUAUGCAAAGUGAUUCGAUUCUAUCAAUUUAUUCUUACGGCCUGCAGAAACUUAAAUAUUCAAGACUCAUGGCUGAACUUAAUGAAGCGAUACACAUUCAAACAAAUGAUUCCACAAACACAAAAAAAGAUCUUGAUAAACUUCGUUAUGAUGAUGAACAAACUAGUAGUAAAAUUGUAAACGUUACUACUACAAAAUUCACAAGUUUAACUACUGAGUCAACUGAAACUACAACAGCAUUACCAAUAACAACCACUGUAACACCUUUCACUUCUAACCCUGUACAAGGCCCUCCAGUUUCUACUGUCAAUCAUUUGACAACAAAAGAACACCUGUCACCACUUACAUCGAGUGUACCACCACGUAUAUCAAGUGUGUUACCACCAUCAUCGAGUGUCACAACUAAUCGUAACAUUGCGGUAACUAGCACAACUACGACAAACGAACCACCGAGACUUGAAGCCUUUACUGUAAAUAUGGCCGAAUCAGAGGCUAAAUCUUCUGAAGUGCCACCUAACCCUAAACAUGUUUUGAUCAACUUAACAAUUUCCGCUGAUGAUGCUGAAAAUUCCUCUUAUAAACCACUUUAUUCAUUAACAGUGACAGUUCCGACUGUUGGUGAAAGCAAUGAAAUUCCGACAGUGAAAAUUACUCCAAUAGAUGCAGAACCAACAACGCCAACUAAAUUUAACAAACCUGUUGUAAUAGAAGGUACUAAUACAGAUGAUACAAAUUCAGACUUAAUAUCUGUGGGUGGAAAUUGCGAAUGUUCAUGUCCCGUUUGUGAUGUUGCUAAUGGGACCGACGAUUUCUAUUAUGACUUUUUUGAAAAAUCUACCACAGAAAAAUUAACUAUUAAAGAAAGUACCUCUGUUAAAAGUGGCACAGGUAGUGAAAUGUCAACUGAAUUCGAUAGUACAACUGAAAUGAGUACAGAAGCAUCCACUGCGGAAGAACUUUCAACUAGCGAAGAGACAGAAUCGACUACUGACUUUACAACAGAGUCAACAGUUAGUUUGACUGAAGCUGUUAAAUGUGUAUGUCCUAAGGUAGAACCUCCACCCAUUCUGAUAUUAGAAGGUGCGCGAACAUUCCCAGCACAGUCGUUCCCUCCAGACGGAACGACGUUCAAACAAAUUACUUUAGGUGAAAAAUUAUCAAAAGAAAUCCCUCCAUAUAGUUACUGGAACAUGCAAUUCUACCAAUCGGAAGCGACUUAUGUGAAAUUCGACUACAUGAUCCCGCGAGGAGCUUCAAUAGGAGUUUAUGCGAGGCGGAAUGCAUUACCGACGCAUACGCAGUACCAUUUCUUGGAAGUUCUCAGUGGAUUCAAAGCCAGAACUACCAGGGCGUCACAUCCAUCAGUCAAGAAAGAAGUAACACAUUACAUGGAGCAAGGUCACUGGUUUCUUUCUCUCUACAAUGACGAUGGCGAUCCUCAGGAAAUUACGUUCAUAGCUAUGGUAGCUGAUGACAUGACUCAUAAUUGUCCGAAUGGCUGCUCAGGGAAAGGUGAAUGUCUGAUGGGUCAUUGCCAAUGUCAGCCUGGAUUUGGAGGAGACGACUGUAGUGAAAGUGUCUGUCCAGUGCUGUGUAGUCAACGUGGAGAAUACAUAAACGGAGAAUGUCAAUGCAACCCUGGUUGGAAAGGCAAAGAGUGCUCGUUGAGGCAUGACGAAUGUGAAGUACCUGACUGUAACGGACAUGGCCACUGCGUCAACGGGAAAUGCUCUUGUGUUCGAGGAUACAAAGGCAAAUUCUGUGGAGACGUCGACUGCCCUCAUCCAACUUGUUCGGGCCACGGUUUUUGUAUCGAAGGCUCUUGUGUUUGCAAGAAGGGUUGGAAGGGUCUCGACUGUGCCACGAUGGACAAAGACGCGCUUCAAUGUCUGCCUGACUGCUCUGGACAUGGGACUUUCGAUGUGGAUACACAAACUUGUACGUGUCAUGCGCGGUGGUCCGGUGAAGAUUGCUCGAAAGAGGUGUGCGAUUUAGACUGCGGUCCACACGGAAGAUGUGUAGGUGAAUCUUGCGUUUGCGACGCUGGCUGGACAGGGGAAUACUGCACUUCGAAGCUGUGCGAUGCUCGCUGCAGCGACCACGGCCAAUGCAAGAACGGCACUUGCCUCUGUGUCUCCGGGUGGAACGGCAGACAUUGCACCUUGGAAGGAUGUCCCCGAGGCUGUGCCGGCCACGGCCAGUGUAGGGUCGCUAAUGAUGGUCAUUGGGAGUGCAAAUGCUUUGAUGGAUGGGACGGACCAGACUGCACUACGCUAAAAGAACAGAUUUGUGAUGACUCCAAGGAUAAUGACAAAGAUGGUCUAGUCGACUGUGAAGAUCCAGAAUGCUGUCAAAGCGCUGCUUGUAAAGGCAGUCAGCUCUGCGUAUCGUCUCCAAAGCCCACAGAUAUUCUCCUCCGGAAACAACCCCCAGCAAUCACGGCAUCCUUCUUUGAGAGGAUGAAAUUCCUCAUUGACGAGGGAAGUCUGCAGAAUUACGCAAAACAGGAGACAUUCAACGAAAGUAUGUUUUGGAAUCACUUCAACACGAGCCGGUCAGCAGUGAUCAGGGGUCGUGUGGUGACCUCUUUAGGAUCUGGUUUGGUUGGAGUCAGGGUGUCCACGUCUACACCCCUGGAAGGCUUCACACUCACCAGAGAAGAUGGCUGGUUUGAUCUGCUCGUCAAUGGGGGAGGUGCAGUGACCCUCCACUUCGGAAGAGCACCGUUCAAACGCUCGUCACAAGUCGUAUUUGUGCCUUGGAAUGAGGUUGUGAUAAUCGACGCUGUGGUUAUGACAACGUCAGACGAGAAGGGAGGCAUGGGCGGCCCGCAGGCGUGCCUGGCCCACGACUACGACGCCAUGAAGCCUGUCGUGCUGGCCACGUGGAAACAUGGCUUCCAAGGCGCCUGUCCAGACAAAAGCGCCAUCUUGGCGGAGUCACAGGUGGUACAAGAAAGCCUUCAAAUACCUGGCACCGGCCUGAACCUGGUCUACCACAGUUCCCGGGCCGCCGGCUACCUCUCCACUAUUCAGCUCCAACUCACGCCCGAAAAAGUACCUCCGACUUUAGCCCUUAUCCACCUGCGAAUAACCAUUGAAGGAAUCCUCUUCGAGAAGACCUUCGAAGCCGAUCCUGUGAUAAAAUUCACGUAUCCAUGGAACAGAUUGAACGUUUACCGACAAAGGGUGUACGGAGUUACGACUGCGCUGGUCAAAGUGGGUUAUCAAUACACGGAUUGUAAGGAUAUCAUCUGGAAUGUCCAGACGACGAAAUUGAGUGGUCACGAUAUGAGCAUCUCUGAUGUUGGCGGAUGGAACUUAGAUAUUCAUCAUCGCUACAACUUCCAUGAAGGUAUCCUCCAGAAGGGCGACGGCACGAACAUCUACCUGAAGCACAAACCGCGGCUGAUCGUGACGACGCUGGGAGACGGGCGCCAGCGCGCGCUGGCGUGCGGGGCGGAGUGCGUCGGGCCGGCGGUGCGCCAGCGGCUGCUGGCGCCAGUAGCGCUGGCCGCCGCGCCCGACGGCGCAAUCUUCGUCGGCGACUUCAACCUCGUGCGCAAGAUCAGCACCGACGGGACCGUGCGCACGGUGGUCAAGUUGAAUGCCACCCGAGUCUCCUACCGGUAUCACAUGGCGCUGUCUCCGCUGGACGGCACUCUCUACAUCUCCGACCCGGAAUCGCAUCAGAUCAUCAAAGUCCGCAACACUGAGGACUACAGCGACCCUGAACACAACUGGGAAACCGUUGUCGGUUCAGGCGAAAGGUGUCUUCCGGGAGACGAAGCACAUUGUGGUGAUGGAGCCUUAGCUAGAGACGCCAAACUGGCAUAUCCCAAAGGCGUAGCAGUCUCGAGCGAUAAUGUCUUAUACUUCGCUGACGGAACAAACAUCCGAAUGGUCGACAGAGAUGGCAUUAUCACCACUGUCAUCGGAAAUCACAUGCACAGAGCCCACUGGAAACCGAUCCCUUGCGAAGGCACGUUGAGCGUCGAAGAAGUUCACUUAAGAUGGCCUACAGAAUUAGCAAUCAAUCCGUUGGAUAACAGCCUGCACAUCAUCGACGACCAUAUGAUCUUGCAAAUGGCUCCAGACGGUCGCGUAAAAGUCAUCGCUGGAAGACCUUUACAUUGCCCUUCCCCUUUGACUGGAUAUGAUAUGGAACUAGCAACGUACGCGACUUUGGUGAUGCCUCAGAGUAUAGCGUUUGGCGCGGCAGGAGACUUGUAUGUAGCUGAGAGUGAUUCUCAAAGGAUCAACAGAGUUCGGCUGAUCACGACUGAUGGCAAGAUUUCUUUGUACGCUGGAGCUGAAUCGAAAUGUAACUGCUUAGAAAGAGCGUGCGAUUGCUUCGAGGCCGAUCACUUUUUGGCAUCAAACUCCAAAUUCAACACCAUUUCUGCUGUGAUUGUGAGCCCAGAUGGUAUUGUUCACAUAGCUGAUCAGGCCAACUAUAGAAUUCGGUCCGUUAUCUCGAGCAUUCCUGAUGCCAGCGGUGCUAGAGAAUACGAGAUAUAUUCCCCUGACACUCAGGAGAUUUAUAUCUUCAAUAGAUUCGGCCAACAUAUCAUGACAAAGAAUAUUCUGACUGGAGAAAAUAACUACGUGUUUGCUUACACGGUCAAUACAAGCAAUGGUAAACUUAGUACUGUCACUGAUGCAGCUGGUAAUAAGGUGUUCCUAUUGAGAGAUUACUCCAGCAUGGUGAACUCGAUAGAAAACACGAAAGGACAAAAAUGCAGACUGAAGAUGUCUCGAAUGAAGAUGUUGCAAGAACUUAGAACACCUGAUAACUUCAAUGUGACAUUCGACUACCACGGCACGACUGGUUUACUAAAAGCUAAAUACGAUAGCACUGGAAGAAGUUACAUAUACAAAUAUGAUGAGUUUGGUAGAUUGACUUCAGCAGUGACACCAACUGGAAGAAUCAUAAACUUGACAUUCGAUCUUAGCCUCAAAGGAGCUACUGUACUUGUCAGCGAAAACAAUAGAAAACCUGUGUCAAUACUCAUAAAGGGCUCAUCCGUUAAAACAAAGGUCGGUGAAGCUGAAAAGAAAACUAUAAUAUCAACUGACGGUAGUAUAUCUUCCAGCUUGCCUUGGGGACAUGUUAUCUCAACUGACACUGUUCCGUACACUAUCUUGUCAGAAAUUGAUCCUAUACUUGGAGAAAGUUACCCAGUACCAGCUAAACAAAGAACCGAAGUAGGUGGCGACCUAGCCAACCGAUUCGAAUGGCGUUAUUUCUUGCGAAGGUUGCUUUCUAACAAAGGAAAGAGCAGUAAGGCAGUUGCUCAAAUUGGUCGCAAACUAAGAGUGAACGGAGAAAAUCUUCUUACUCUUGAAUAUGACAGAGAUACCUCAACAGUGGCUGUCUUCAUGGACGAUAAGGUAGAACUUCUGAAUGUAACCUAUGACAGAACAGCCCGACCAGUUAAAUGGGGUCCAAGGAACGGCAUCUUUGCUGAAGUGGAGCUUGAGUAUGAUAGAUUCAACAGAUUAACCAGAUGGAGCUGGGGUGAUCUCAAUGAAACCUACGGCUUUGACAGAGCUGGAAGGUUACAUGAGAUUCGAUAUGGCGACGGUUCUUCACUGGCGUACUCAUUCAGAGAUAUGUUCACAAGCCUACCACUGAAAGUAACAACACCUAGGGGAAGUGAUUACCUUUUAGAUUACGAUGAUUCUGGUGCUCUUCAAAAUCUUACAACCCCAAGAGGGCACAUUCACACGUUUGCUCUUAUGACUUCACUGGGUUACUUCAAAUACCAAUACUUCUCUCCAAUGAAUAGGCAUCCUUAUGAGAUUCUUUAUAAUGAUGAUGGACAUAUCUUAGCAAAGAUUUUCCCACAUCAAUCGGGUAAAAUUCUGUACGUCUAUGACAGUACAGGCAAAUUGGAAACAAUAUUAGCUGGAGCAUCUGCCAUCAGAUAUGUAUACCAUGAGAAUACUCAUCUCGUAAAGAACGUAGAGAUCACCGAUCCUGAUUAUGAAUUAAAACAAGAUUAUAAAUAUCACGCUGGAAUAUUGAAGGAUGAAAAGAUGAAAUUCAAUUCUAAGAGCGGAUUAAACAACGCCCACUUCAAGUUCCAAUAUGAUGGCAAUGCUCGACUAUCUACCAUCGAUGCUAAUAUCAACAGCAAGGAAAUGCCACAAAUAAGACUAAAAUAUAAUCAGAACCUAGGAAUUCUUGAAGGAGUUAGUGAUCUGAGGAUCUACAGAAACACUUUCAAUCGCUCCGUCAUGCAAGAUACAAGCAAACAAUACUUCACAAUCACUGACUACGACGAUCACGGCAGGAUAAAGACAAUUUUGAUGAACAUCAAAUCCUUCGAUGUGUUCCGUUUGGAAUUGGAAUAUGACGUAAGGAAUAGAAUAAAAUCUAAGAAGAUGAUGAUCGGCGACACUUCUUCGAACGAACGAAUCAGUUACAACUACGACGGUCAUUUGAUGGAGGUUGUCGGAUCCGAGGAUGACUGGAAAUAUGUUUACGAUGAGAAUGGCAAUGUUAUUGGUGUUAUCGAACACGGAGAAAAGCGAUACCUUGGCUAUGAUAUUGGAGACAGAGUAGUGCAAUACGGAGAUAUAGAAUUCAGCAGUUACGAUGGACGCGGAUUUGUCAUAAGACGUGGAGAACAGAAGUACAGAUACAACUCCAGAGGUCAGUUUGUUCACGCUUUUGAACGUGACAAGUUCCAGAUGUGGUACUACUAUGACGAUAGGAACAGACUGGUCGCUUGGAAAGAUGACAAGAACAACAUCACUCAGUUCUUCUACGCGAAUCCUCAAACACCCAAUUUGAUUACGCACAUGCAUUCUCCAAAGACAGAAAAGACGGUUCGUUUCUUAUACGAUCAGAGAGAUUUCCUAACAGGUAUUGAGACUGACGAGUUACGUUACUAUGUCGCUACGGACCACAAUGGCUCACCUUUGGUAGUUUUCGAUGUUAACGGUGAAAUCAUCAAGGAAAUCAAGCGCAGUCCAUUCGGAAAGAUCGUCAAAGAUUCUAACCCUGGCUUCUAUUUGCCUGUAGACUUCCAUGGAGGAAUAUUUGAUUACAACACGAAUUUGAUAUAUCUCGAAAAUAGGUUGUAUGAUCCAAUGGUGGGACAAUGGAUGACUCCCAGUUGGGAGCACUUGGCCACCAAGUUGAGCUUACCAACGGACAUAUUUAUCUACCGUUUCAAGAACAAUGACCCUAUAAAUAGAAACCAGAACGUUCCGUACAUGACGAACUUGGGAAGCUGGCUGCAGCUGUAUGGGUAUGAUCUCAAUAAGAUGAUGGGAUCGAAGUACAUCACGGAUAUGAUCUUCCAGCCCAUGACAUCAGUGACCGCUCCCCAACUUGCUCCUGACUUUGGUGUUAUGUCUGGACUUCAAUGUAUCAUCGAAAAGGUGAACGACAAGUUGUCAGACAUAGAUUUCGUACCAACACCUCUUCUGAAGACAGAGCCAAUAACCCGGAACCUACUGCCUCGUGUGUCGUACAAGCGAGGAGUAUUCGGAGAAGGCGUCCUUAUAUCCAGAGUUGAUGGCAAAGCCUUUAUAAGCGUCGCAGACGGCGCCAACAGCGUUGUCGAAGACGUCAUAACCACAGUCUUCAACAACUCAUAUUUCCUGGAUGUCCACUUCAGUAUCCAUGAUCAGGACGUAUUCUACUUCGUCAAGGAUAACUCGCUGAAGAUCAGAGAUGAUAUGGAGGAAUUGCGGCGCCUAUCUGGAAAGUUCAACGUAUCGCAAGAUGAAACGAAUGACCAGGGAUCUGAGGUGAGAGUACACGCAGUGGGCAAAGGCUCAGCACAAGCAGUGAUAGUGCUCCGCUACGGCGUGGACCCGACGCAGGAGCGCAUCAAGCUGCUGAAGCACGCGCACAAGCGAGCCGCAGCCCGCGCUUGGGAGAGGGAGAAGGCGCUAGUGGCCGCCGGCUGGGAGGGGCGGGGGUCCUGGACCGAGGAGGAAAAGGAAGAACUAAUCUCCCAUGGAAUCGUGGACGGCUGGGCGGCCCGAGAUGUCCACUCGGUUUCCAAAUAUCCUCAACUGGCGGACGACCCAGCAAACAUCGUAUUCGUCCGCGACGGCAGAAGGAAACGGAGAAAGAGCGGACGCGCUCGACACCGCUCGUGACUCCACUAAACGUGCCAUAAACUCCCCGCCAUAUUGAACGCUGCAAGUGACGUCGCCCGUCAAAACAUCCAAAAUGGCGGCCGACGUCACCCGCGGAACAAUAUUUAGUUCUUACUAUUUUUUAUAGGACUGAAGUGUUUCGAUGGUAUGCCUCGAUAGAAAGUUUCUAAUUAUAGAGCUCUUGUGAUCGUUCUGAAACUAUUUGUAUGUAAGUAAGGUUGAAGGCGAUGCCUAGACGGAUCGGAUAGAUUAAGAAUUGACUCUUGAAGACGGACAAAGAAUGUAGCGUUGCCAUAGAAGCAUCGAUUUGCUUUUCGUACUUAGGCUUCUAAUUUAAACCCCAUAAAAGCUUUUAGUUUGAUAUUUUUACGCUAUUUCAUGUCGGACUGAAAUGAAUCUCUCGUAACAACUCACAACAGGGUACCGAGUCAUAAAAUGAAAUUUAAUAAUUAAAAUAAUAAUAAGACGAGCUGAGCAUAAUAAUCGAACCAAAAUACUCAAAUGCGAUCACAAUUUCUUUUAUCACUUUUUGAUAUUUUAUUUUACUAACUACCUAUAUAUUAAUCCCAUAUACACAUCACUUAGAACGUUAUUUUCACAAUGUAUUCCUAUCAUCACAUUUUAGCCAAAUAUUUCUUUUUAUCCAUACAUUUAGAUAUUUGUAAAUAAUAUUUUAUUCUUGUAGUUGUUCCUUUUAAUGUUAGACCUAAGGUCUUUUUUACUUCGCAAUACUAUUACUAUUUAAGCAAUAAUUUUUUAUAACCACAUGCGUCUGACUCUUCAAAUUAAAUGGUCCUCUCCCGAUCCCCGAGCACAAUUUAGUUGGCAACACGCGGAACCUUGUCGCAUUGAAUUUGCAGAGUCCAGAGUCCAAUCACAGUCGGUUUUCACAAAGCCAUACGACGAUCGUUCGUAGCGACAGAGUUCUAAGUAGCUAUACAGUAACCCCGUAACAGUAGCAAGGCCUCGUAAUAAAUAGACAAAGUAAUUACUACAGAAAACGUUAAUACGUACAUCUGCAUGUGUUGUGCAAUAAUCGAAAGUAGGAGUACAGUAAUCGCGUAGUUCAGCCUUCUCGCCGACUUAUGGUAGCCGCGCGUUCUUAGAGACUGAAUUCAAUUUUUCAUUUCCUUAGCUCCUUGUAGGUACGGGUGACUUAUGUGCGUCUACUCCGAAAGCCGGCACGAUAUCGUCGAGCUAAUAUAAAUCCUGUUCCAAACUUAGCAACCUAGAUUACGUCAUUCGAAUCAAAAUCAAAUCAUUCAAAAAUUAGGUCUUCACAGGCAAUUUUUCACGUCAUAUUCUAAAUUAAAUGAUGUUUACCAAAGCUACAAACUACUAGCAUUUCGGAACGACCACUGCUGAGAAGAAAUGCCGAAGGAGACUCAUUCAAUGUUGGUCCCUAUCAUGCCAGAAGGGCUUGCCAUUUUUUUAAAUAUAAAUUUAUGUUAUUAUUUAGUAUUUUUUCCAGAUUAGUGCGCCCAUCUUACGCCACACGUACCUAUUUGCAGCCGAGAGCUAACUAAUCUACCUUAAUUUAUUAAUAAGUCAGCGGGAAGCGAAAAAAUUGUAAUUAAAAAUGUAGUUUAUGAAUAGUAUAUGUCCAUAAAUGUGUCUCAUUUAAAUUGUGGUGUCUAUUCCGUGUUAGAAGUACUAAUUUAAAUGCUAGUUGACUGAGUGGCUGGCGAAGGAGCGGAUAUUUUUUACAAAUUAUAUAUUGAUGAGAUCGUAUCAAAACCCGGGGCCCGCGGGCCCUAGCGAUGGUGAUAUUUUUGCAAAAUGUGACUAAACGAAGCAAUACUGUAAUUUAAUACGUCUUACCCUUUAUUUAGUAAUAAUAAGGUGUAUUUUUAUUUAAAUUAAUCGAUAAAAUAUAUAUCUAUUGUGAAUGUAGUUUAUUAUUUCGCGGUGAUAUUUACUAGAACAGUAUAGUUAUCUUUUUAUAAUGUAUAAAGAAUUCUAAUUUGUAAAUAGGUACUUAAUGAGGAUGUAAUCUGUAAAAAUAUUGUACAUAUCUUUACGCUUCGAUUAUUUAUAAUGUAUACCGUUAAGAUGAUAGAGUAACCGAUAAAAUUGUAAUAUACAGACAGUUGUCGGCGGCGUAAGACCCCUAUGUACUCUAAGACAAGCCUAACGACGCUCCGAUUGUCGACGUCGACCUUAAGCCCCUGAGGCGGUAGUGUCACCGUCAUAUAUCGAAAUGAAACGCACGGAACCAAUCACAUUGCGGUGUGGUCGUCGUGUCACAAUGCCAGAUUGUGAUUGGUUCACUGCGUGUCACUUCGAAAACUCACCUGAUAUUCGAAUUUCAAAGUUUCAUACGACCUAUGAUACCUACGGCUAGUCUGGCUCGCGGCUCGUCGUGUUUGUAUAUUGUAAACCUUAUGGCUAUACAAGAUAAGGUAACAAUUUGACCAAACACAGUUUGGUUCGCUAGUCGAUCAGCAUGACGAACGAGCGAGCAACGCCGUCAGUUUUUAAGAUCGCGGUGAAUGACAUUUUUAAGACGUAACAUUGAUGAUCAUAUUAUGAACUAUAGUAGUAACCCACGAUACAAAACUAUAACAAUGUUGCACUUUUGAAAACCUUUUAUGUACAUUUAUAUUGCAAAAACUUUCUUAUUAUCGUCUAAAUCUAAACUCUAUCUCACUCUGUCAAUAAUUUCUGAAUUAAAACUUGUCUGUUUCAUGCAAAAUCAGUGUUACGUCUAUGGUCUCAAGGCGGCCAUCGACAAUCUACCAUAGACUUCGACGUUAGAAUUAGAGCUUGCGAUUCGACUUCACGACAAAAACGGCAUUUAAGUAAAUGUAGAACUGAUUCUCAUACUGCAUUUAAUUUGUAGAAAGUGCGUAGACCUCUUUAGGCUUGUAGUGUGCUGAUAUGGCGACAUUUUGUUAUGUAAUUUAACUUUAUUUAUGUUGAAUUUAAUUAUGUUGAACCUCUAAAACCAAAAACAGCUCUUAAAUCGCAUGAUGAUAUAAAUAUGAUGAUCGUAAAAUCCUAACAAAAAAAAGCGGAAAACUUGUGAAAUAUCAAUUUAGAAAAUUGCACAAUAUUUUUAAAAUGUUUUUUUAUUAUUAUUAAUAGUUUAAUCUAUGUAUUUACCUAUGGCUUUUAUAAUUAAUUGAAAUUAACACAAACUGCCAAUUUCAACAUAUUAUCAUUUAAUCGACAAUUUGGAUAUGACAAAUUGGAUGGAUUCGUACAAUAUUUAGUAUUAAAAUACUCAUUCUUAAUUUUAAAGUUUAAAUAAUUUAAGACUGAUCUACAUAUUUUGACAAUUACUGAAGUACAUAUUUUAUAUACACUAGACAGCAAAAUAAACAAUAUGCAUGAGUGUUUAAUGCAAUGUACACAAUACGUGUUUUUAUAUGCUGGGUAUCUGGUCAAUUAAUUAAAGCUGAAACCUUAAACAAGAUGCAUGAAAAUAUAUCUGUCUCUGUCGCACGUGGCCUAACUUACGAGCGUGACGAAAACAUUAAUUCCUUUAUUUGUAUGCUUCUACAUUAAUUCAAACGUUCUAGUUCCAGCUUUAAAUAACUGAUAUCUCCGAUAUCUUAACUGCCAGUAUGUUACGAAAGGUUUUACUUUUUUUUCUUUUUUUUUUGUCAUACCAGCACACAAGCCGUGGAUCUUUGGAUGUAUAGUUAAAAUGCAGUAACUCUCCUAGGGUCGUGUGCGUGCUGCGGAGAUGUAAGCAUGUACAAUAAGAUGUAAUAAAUAUAGAAAGUAUUCUACUGGAAUAUGUAAUAAAAUAUUAAAAUAUAA